AUGAAUAAAUUUUGGUAUGAACAGAAUGUUUAUGGUUUCAGUCCAAUUAGUCUGUUAUGUCAGUUAAUAAUGAGUUAUGAAUUAUCAAGAACUAGUGGAAUGUUAAUUGAGAGAUUUAGUUGGAUAAUUUGGUCAAUGCAUUGUAAUUUAAUGAAGGAACGUUGUAUUCAUGGAGAUUCCUCUGUUGAUUGGUUAGUUACACAGAAAAUUGCACAUUCCAUUGGAUACCAUUUAAAACGAUAUUAUUCUGUGAAUGAAAUCGGAUUCAGUUGUUCAAUUACUGAAAAGAAUAUAAAUCAACAUAUUUAUUCAAGAUGGACACCACUGCUUCUAAGUGAAACUAUCCAACCCAAAUCAACCGGCCAGUUAAAUAAUAUUCUGGAGUCAGUAACUAUUUUAUGUCAUGAAAUAAAACGAUAUUUUACUCCAUUAAUACCACAGAAUUCAAGUUCUCAAUGGCUUUCCAAAACUUUAUUGAAAUCGCUGGAAUACUAUCUAGUAAAACCAUCUCCAAUGGGUCUUUUAAUUCCAAUCUCUUAUCUUCUUUUUGGUCCAGCCGGUAGUCUUUUUAUUGAUUCUAAACUCACUAGACAGUCGAUAUUCAAUUCACAACGAACAAUGAAUAAGAAUGUGAUUAAAAAAUGCGACAGCAUACCUGAUAAUGCCACAACGCCUGUUUCUUCAACAUCUUCUUACACAACUUCAAUUACAUCAUUCACAACGUUGACUAGUUCUACAAGUACUAAUCCAUCCUCGACAUAUUCACUCACAACUUCUGUCAGUAAUACUACAGCGACUUCUGCUGAGAUCCCAUCAUUAUCUACGCUUUCUUUGCCCGGUUCAUGCAAUCAAACGUCUUCUGUGAACUCAUUAUCUUCCACAAAUCCUACUUCCAUAGUCUCCUCUUCAAUAAAUUCUAUUUCAAUCUCAACAUUAUCUUUGUCAAAAUUGAGUUCGUCGCUUAUUGAAUGUGUUCCGAUGCAAGCAUCUAACACAUCCGUUCACGAAAAAGUUGCUUCUGUUGAUACAUUACACGUUAAUGGCGAUGAUGAUGAGCUGACUACACACAUUGCAUCAUUAUGCUCUAAACUGAAUAAUGAAACUGAGACUGUUCUAUCAAAAGGGGAAAAACACCGCAAAGUAUUAUCAUUCUGUCAUCCCUUAGUUAAUGAUAAAAUUAUUUAUAGAAGUUGGGCAAAUUAUGGAAUAUUGAAUCCAUAUCUUGUACCGUAUAUCAGUUUACCUGGAUGUAUUGACCUUUCAAAUGAUUCAUUUACUUUAGAUAAAAUGUCUAUUACAUCAGGCAGUAUCAUGUCUCUAGCUGAUAUUGAAAUUAAUUUGGAUAACGAAGCAUUUCACCAGACGAUUGAGAAUACAAUCAAUUUGCUUACAAGUGCUCUGGAACACAGUCCUUGUUAUAUACUGUUAAAGAAUUUAACCCAACAAACUUGUGGAGCAUAUUGCUGUGUACAAAAACAAGUUAUUGAAUAUAUUAUGAAAACAAAUGGUUAUAACAAAGUUUAUUAUACUCAGUGGCGGGAAUAUCCUGACAAAGUGAUUGAUGAUGAUGAUAAUAAUAAUAAUCCUAAUAUUGAACAAUUAAAUGAUUUAUCUUCUAUGCCAUAUGAAAUUAUAAUCAUUGACUUACAAAACAAACUUUCUAAUCAAAAGUGGAAUUAUUCAGAAAAAGCAACUCAACUCGUCCAACAGUUACACAGGAUUCGUUUUAAUUUACCAUGGGAAAGUGAUACUUAUCAAAGCGUAUUGAAAGGAGUUAUUGUUAUAACUUCAUGGAAUGAUGAUAUACUCAAUCCAUUACUACAAAAUGUAUCUUGGGAUUGUACCAUCAACUUCAGGGAAAUAUCAAAUUUACAAGGGAUGAAUACACAAUUAGAAAAUAUCACAAACUCUGUUAAUAUUGAACAAAAAUCAAUGUUGAACAAUUUCAUUCUGAAUUACUUGAACAAUAUUCAAGAUGAUAAUAAUAAUAGCAAUAAGUUUAAUCUUAUUCUAUAUGAUGUAUUCACUGAAGCACAUUUACUCGCUUACCAGUAUGCUCUAUCAGAUCAAAAUCUCACAAAGUAUAAGCCUUCAAUCAACCAACUAAAUUCCUUUGGUUAUUUAUUACAAACACUGAAUGUUUGGUUAUAUUUACAGUAUCAUCAAAAGCAAGAUAAUAUAAAAGAAACUUUACUCAAUGAAUUACAUGAAACCUGCUUACUAACGGAUUCAAUAAAAUCUGGUUGUCGGGCAUUAGAUAAGCAAAUUACUCAAGCGAAUACUUUUCUUGAUGUAUUGAAUAAAGAUUUAGAUAAUUAUCAAAAUAUUUACUUACCAGAAGCUAAAUUAAAUCAGAAAAAUGCCAUUGAACAGAUAGAGAACUUGGAGAAUGAAAUUAAACGUAAAGAAAUUGAAUUGGAGCAUUCAAAGAAACCAAUGGAUCGUGUUCAAAAAUUAGUUCAAAUUGAAUUUAAUAAAUUGAGAGAUUUGUAUCGUUUAGCUGUUCAAGGCUUACAUGCCUUAUCAAUUGAAGAUUUAGAUGAGAUACGCUCAUAUCGUGAACCACCAGAUGAGGUAAAAGAUUGUGUCUACAUCAUUUGUAUGCUGAUGAAUGAAGCAGAAAACUGGGAGAAUGCAAAACAAAUGAUGGUUCCAGUGAAAUUUAUCAGUAAAAUUUUAAAACUUCAUACUCAAUUACUGGACAAACGAAAGCAUAAUGAAUUAAGACAGCGUUUAAAUAAUUCUGUAAUAAUGACACCAGAAUACCUACUACAAAUAAGUGUAGCAGCCUCCAGAUUAUGUCAGUGGUUAAGAGCAUUAUGUGAAUGUUGUAAUGCUGGUGAACGUUUACAAAAUCAUGUCAACAAUUAUUCUUCAACAGAAUCUCAACUCAAUCAAAUUGAAACAGCGCUAGCCAAUCUGCAUUUAUCCUUACAAAUGACUAAGCUAAACUUAGAAAUGAUAAAUAAUCAUGUAAUCGACUGUGAAAAUCAAAUUAAAAAUAUUUCAGAACAAAUUGAUACAUUGGAAUAUACAAUCUCUGAGGCUAAAUCUCUUUUAUCAACUAUGCAGUCUAAUCUAAAUGAAUUAAUGAACAUUAAUGAUAAUCACAUGUCAGUUGAUGAUUGGAAAUCUAUGAAAUUCUGGCUUAAUGUACUCGGUGCCCUAGGCGCAGUAUAUGUACAAAUAUUUCCAGCCAAGCAUAGGUCUAUUUUAUGGAAUCAUUUUAAACAACUUGUUUUAAACAAAAUAAAGGAAUACUUUAGUCAGUUGGGUAAAAUUUCACACUUCAAUGAAACUUUAAUUCAAAAUGCCCAAUUAUUUAAAAUUCUUCAAACCAGACCAUAUGAAUUAAUGAAAUGGUUAUCAAGUAAUCAGUUUCCAUUAGAAGUAGCCUUAUUAUAUCAUAAUCAUCAAGUUGGAUAUAUACUUGAAGCAGUUCUAUCAAUACGUACAAUAAUUUCUUCUAAUAUGUCGUGUAAUAUUGAACAUCGAAAUAGUUUUAAUUUAUCACUGCCAUUAUUUAUAUUCAUCUUCGAUCCAGAUAUCAUUGGAAUGGAUAUGAUCAAUUUACUCUUAUCCAGCAAGCAAAACCAAAUGAUUUCAAAUCUCCGUAUAGACUCUGAUGACUUUAAAGAGCAUUUUAACAAUGCCAUUACAAAAAACAGUAUAAUUCAAAUCAAUGUCGAUGAAUUUCAUAGUUUUAAAGCUACAGAAAAUAUAAGGUAUCUAUCAAACUUUUAUUGUAUCCAUUUGUCCGACGAAAAUACUCAUUUGAAUAAUUGUCAAAUGAUUCUAUGGACUACUUAUAAUGCAACCAGUGAAGUCGGAAAUCAGUGUAGACAGUUUUUCGCUGAAAUCGACUUUAUGUCGAUUGACUUAUGCUUGACACAUUUUGAAUCAGGCAGUGGAAUAACAGGAUGUCUAUUAAAUUUACUACCUAAAAGUAACUUAUUCAAUACACUUCAAGAAAUACGAAAGAACGAAAUUGAAACCUUUGAAAAGAUACAUGAGGAUCAAAUUCAUUUAUUAAAUAUAUCAAAAGAGCUUAUAAAAUUAGAAUUAUUCGAUUGUGAUUCAAACGGACCGGUAAAAAACUUUAAAUCAAUUAAAUUGAAUAAAUCUUGUUUAAAUUUAACAAGUCAACAUAUUGAAGCGGUUAAAAUAUAUUCAAAAUUAUCAAAUAAAUAUAUGCAAUUAAAAGAGUAUCAAAUACAACGUGAACACCUAGAUAAUCAACUUAGUAUGUAUACAUCACAAAAUGGUACAAUUGGAUGUAUCACAAACUUUACACGUAAAGUUACAUUGCUACUGAAUGUUUUGGAAGGAGAAGGAGAGAAUUCAACUGAAGAUUAUAUUACUUUUCGUCGGCCAUGCAAAAGACUAUGUCGAUACUUAUCAUCAAAAUAUACUAUCAAUUUGAAUCAAUGUUUUUCACACAGUACAACUGGAUCCACCAAUCAGUCUGAUUCAUUUUUAACUCAAGAAAAUGAUAUACGGGAUUUAACCCAAUGGAUAAUAAGCAGUCUUCUUGAGCUUCAACUCGCACCUUUAGACAAGUUGGAUAGCACUAUGAGUUUAAUUUUACAAAUAGAAAUAUGCAUAUACUUUAAUCUGCUUCACCAUUCGAAAUUCACUAGUCAUGAAUUACAGAAUUUGGAAAAUGUGAGAGAAAUUAAAUUAUUUAAACAAAUAGUAUACAAUAAUAUAUUCAAUAGUGUGUUCAAUGUUCAACACAACUCUAGUGUCAAUGAUACAGAUGUUUUGAAUCGUAUCCAACUUCUAGAAGAAAAUCUACCAUCUUUAAAAGGUUUGCAUAAAUCAUUACUGGAUGAGCCUUUAAUAUGGAAUGAAAUGCUUGAGACAUGUUUGAAUUUCCUUCGUCCUUUACCUGGAUUCUCAGCUGCAAAGGUAAUACCUGAAGCGCAUAUAUUUUUAGUUUGGAUUUCAAUAAAACCAGAAAGGUUCUUCACCAUUUCAAAAACUUUUGUAAAUUUCAUAUUGGCUCAGUAUAUCAUUACAAGUGACAGCAUAAAAUAUUUUAAUGAUUCGUUUGAAACUGAAAAGCGUCUACGUGUCAGUGGAUUAUUUCAACCACAAAUCCGAAAGCAAUCACAAGGAGGAUAUUAUUCAAAUCAAGAUAAUUUUAUAUCUUCUGUUGUGUACUUAAUUCUCCCAAAUAAAUUCAAUGAAUAUACAACUGAAGAUUUCUUCAACUCAAAUUGGUCAGGAAUAGAGUCGAAUUCAAAUAAAUUAUUAAAUGAAUUACGCAAUAUGGCAGUUUAUCUAAACAGAACUUUAUUUUGUAUCGACUGUGCAAGCACAAGUGAUAUUUCACACUGGCAUUCAUUAUGCGGAUCCAGUACAAAUAUAUUUCCAUAUCAAAGAGUUUUAAUUUGUCUUCGAAAUAUACACAUGAUGGAGAGAAAUUUGUCUAAAGAACUUCACGAUUUACUUCAUUAUGGACUUUAUAAUUUAAGGGAACAAGUUAUGCGUACUGAAAAACAACAGAAGGAGUUUCUAUUGAGUAAUAAUAACAAUAAUAAUAAUAAGCUUGGGAUAAGGUUUGAUAUUUUAAUCGAUUUCACAUGUUGUCACUCAAAGAGACAAAUUUCAUCACUGUAUUAUAGAUUACCAAGUUGGUUGCGGUUAUACUGCUUGCCGUUAUCUUUCACUGAUAAGGAUGAUCAGUCAUCAUUCGUCUCCAGUCGUCCGGCAAUGAUGUCAAAACAAGAUCAGUGGAGAAAGUCAAAUUUUCAUUCCGUAGAAAGUUUCAAUCAGUCUUUGGAUAAGAAUAUUUCAUGUUUAUGGUUAAAAGAACAUGACAAUAUAUUUGAAAAAUUGGAAUCUGACAAACUUUAUGAAUGCCUGUUUAAUAUGGAAGAUUUGGAAAAACGAAUGAAACUGAUUGGUGCAUUAUGGAUUAAAAUUGAAGAGCAAUUAAGGCAACUUGAAACAGUCUUUCUACAAGUGGAGGCAGAAAGUAGUUCAUCAAAUACCUCAAUAAAGUCUCAGCUUAAUUCGCCUUUCAUUUUACUAAAACUACAAUACUUUGCUUAUUUAAGGAAUAUAAAAAAUUAUAAAGGUCAUUUAAAACAAAGCGUUGCAUACAAUUUCAGAUUAUACACUUGGUUAAAUUGUCAAUUGAUGAUAUCUAAACAUUUUUAUAAAUUAAUGAAUCAGUGGUUCACUAAUGGUAUAUCAUCAUCAUCAUCACCAUUGUUUGAGGUAUCCCUGCCAUCUGCUGUAAUCAUAAAUUCAAAAUUAUUAUUUAAUUGGAUUAUUAAAUGUUCCAUGAUCAAUUCAUCAGAGGUACAAUAUAAAUUAAUAGCAUCUAUAAUUAAGCCAGGAGAUAGAAGUCUGUUUAACAAAGGAGUAAUCAUCACAUCUGUUCGUUUACUUAUUCAUCAGAAAAAGGUUACAAAUAAAAAUAAUGAACAAAUGAAUAUUAAUUCAAACUAUCCUUUAAAAUUGACCGAUAUUGUACAUCUACGGCUAGCUGUUGUACCUAUUGGAACCUUUAACACAAUGAAUAACAUCAACGCUAUAUGGAUUGAAUCAUGGCCAUUAAAAGAAGAGACAGUUUGCAUAAGUAUACCAUUAGUGCUAACAAAUGAUCAGAAUUGGUACCUCAGUGAUUCUUUACAGAUUUACUUAGUUACUGAUUAUAUCUUGUAAAGAAUACACUAUUUAUUUAAUUUACUAUAAAGUGAUUAAAUUCUGUUUAUAAUUCACAAAUAUAUUGACCAAUCAACGAAUUUUAGUAAAUAAAAGAAAAUUAUUUUCAU